CAUGGAUCCGAAACCACAAGGGACUCACCAUGAUGUGGUUAAGCCUGCGACCAUGGACCACAUCAACGUCGUCCGGGUUCCCUUGACCGAGGAAGAUAGCAAGCGCAUUCGGAACAAAACUGACAGGACCAUCCUGGUGAUCUUGAUGUGGGGUUACUUCCUGCAAAUUCUAGACAAGACGGUUCUCGGAUAUGGUGCUACGUUCGGCCUCAAGGAGGAUACCAACCUCACCGGUAACGAAUAUUCACUGGUUGGUUCCAUCGCUCCAAUUGCCCAGCUGGCCUGGCAGCCGUUCUCGUCAUUUUUAAUCGUGAAGGUACCACACCGAAUUCUUCUUCCUCUUCUAGUCGCCGGAUGGGGUGUCGCGCAAGCCGCAAUGGCCGCGUGUCACAACUUUGGAGGGCUGAUGGCCACCCGCUUCUUCCUUGGUCUCUUUGAGGCAGGCUGCCUGCCUCUAUUCAGUAUCAUCACUGCGCAAUGGUAUCGUCGCGCAGAACAACCGUUGCGAGUCGCAGCCUGGUACAGUACGAACGGUCUUGCAACCAUCAUUGCCGCUGCCUUGAGUUAUGGACUGGGACAUAUCCAGUCUGGUGCUCUUAAGGAAUGGCAGAUCAUCUUCCUCUUUGUCGGGCUUCUUACCGUCCUCUCAGCCCCCUUUAUCUACUGGCGGUUAGACAACGACAUUGCCUCCGCCCGAUUCUUAAACGACCAAGAGAAAUUACAAGCCAUGGAGCGCCUCCGAGCCAACCAAACGGGCGUCGGAAGCCGUGAAUUCAAAAUGAAUCAUGUCUGGGAAGCCGCACUAGAACCGAAGACAUAUAUCUGGAUCGGAAUGGCAUUCUUACUCAACGUGGGAGCGUCCGUCACAAAUGUCUUCGGCCCUCUGAUCUUAUCAGGGCUCGGCUUCGACAAGUUCAAAACAACCCUCCUCAACAUGCCCUUCGGUGCCCUCCAAUUCAUUAUCAUCCUCCUAGCCAGCUAUCUCGCCCAGAAAGCCCGACUCAAGGCUGUCGUCCUCGCCUCCUUCAUGCUUCCCGUUGUAGCAGGUCUCGCAGUAUUAUACGCCCUCCCACGGAACGACUCCGUCCAAGGUGCCCUAAUGGCAGGAUAUUACUUACUUUCGUUCCUGUUCGGAGGUAACCCGCUCAUCGUCUCAUGGAUCGUAGCAAACACCGCCGGACAAACGAAGAAGUCCAUCGUCAUGAGUCUGUACAAUGCGGCUUCUUCGGCGGGGAAUAUUGUCGGACCGCUGCUGUUCAACGAGAAGGAUGCGCCCGCGUAUCAGCCAGGGCUGCGAGCCUGUCUGGGAAUCUUUGUCGCCAUGGCGGCUAUCGUGUUGAUCCAGUGGGCGAAUCUGUUCGUGCUCAACAGGAUGCAGGAACGUCGUCGUGUGCAGAACGGCAAGCCGGCUAAGCUCGUCGAUCGGUCUAUGGAUAAUACAUACCAGGUCACUGAGGAGGAUGCGGACGCUGAGGGUGCUGAAACGGACGGUCAGGUUGGCAAUAAUGCCUUCAUGGAUCUGACUGAUCGGGAGAAUGACGAGUUUGUGUAUAUUUAUUAG